CGCCCCCGUCACUAGGGACUCUGGGGACUCCGGCGCGCCGACGCAGCGCGGCGUUCGCGGGUUCGCGUUUGCGCCGUCCUCGUUUCUCCCAGGCCUGGGCUCGCCAGGUUCUCCCACUUGUGUGCGACCAUGUUCGUUCCCUGCGGAGAGUCAGUCCCCGACCUGGCGGGCUACACCUUCCUAAUGCCAGCAGUAUCUGUUGGAAAUGUUGGCCAGCUUGCCAUGGACUUGAUUAUUUCUACACUAAAUAUGUGUAAGAUUGGUUACUUCUAUACCGAUUGUCUUGUGCCGAUGGUUGGAAACAAUCCAUAUGCAACUGCAGAAGAAAAUUCAACAGAACUCAGUAUAAAUGCUGAAAUAUAUUCAUUGCCUUCAAAGAAGCUAGUGGCUCUUCAGUUAAGAUCCAUUUUUAUUAAGUAUAAAUCCAAGCCAUUCUGUGAAAAACUGCUUUCCUGGGUGAAAAGUAGUAACUGUGCCAAAGUUAUUGUUCUUUCAAGCAGUCAUUCAUAUCACCGUAAUGAUCUCCAGCUUCGCAGUACUCCCUUCAGAUACCUACUCACACCUUUUGUGCAAAAAAGUGUGCAAACUAAAAUAAUGAGCCUUAACUGGGAAGAAAUGGAAAAAAGCCCGUGUAUUCCUGAAAUAGAUGAUUCUGAGUUUUGUAUUCGCAUUCCUGGAGGAGGUAUCACAAAAACACUCUAUGACGAAGGCUGUUCUAAAGAAAUCCCAGUGGUGGUUCUGCUGAAAUUUGUUUCAGAAGGAGAUAAUAUCCCAGAUGCAUUAGGUCUUGUUGAGUAUCUUAACGAAUGGCUUCAGAUAAUCAAACCAUGUUUACAGUGUGAUGACCCCACAAAAUCUGCCUUGCAGUGGAAAAUGCCAAGUUCGUGGAGAUUACUCUUUGGCAGUGGUCUUCCCCCUGCACUUUUUUGAUCUUUUUUCAGUUUUAUACUUUAUGUCCCAGGACACUUAUUACCAACACAACUGUUAAACAACUAUAUAAAAACUUAUCUGAGAAUGUAUUAGAAAAUAAAUCUUUACUUUUCACAAAAAUCUCAAAGAAAAUGGAUUAACAAAAAUUUGUUUUGCCAUGCUUUUCACUAUAUACACCAGAUGUAAAUUUUGUACAAUAAAAUAUUUCCUAAGUAA